UAAAUUGCUUCCCUCCUUGUUUCUGCAUGCUUUUACACAGACAGAGCCAGACGGGAGGAGAUAAUUCCAAGUGACUUGCAAUUCAAAAAGAAAUAAUGAAUAAUGAAACGCGAAGGAUACAUGAAAGACUUCACGCCCAUGGAAACUUUGUCAGCUUGGACUGGAUCUCUCAGUGUGUUGAAUAUCUCAGAGAGGAGGGAAAUAUUUCUGAAGAUAGAAUAGUUUUAGGAGUUCAGGAGCAAUGGUUGCUUGCAGAUAUAUCAACUCCAGGUAUCAUGGAGAAGCCUUGGUUUCCUCCAAACCUAACUUCAAUACAGAAAAUUAAACUCUCGGGGAAAGGUUCAGUGCAGGUUAAUUACGGAUAUGAUAUCGGGAACCCGGCAUACGGUCAACUACAAAAAAUACACAAGUUAGAAAAUGCCAAUGCUCGUGUUUCCGCAGAAAACUCCGAGGGAACACAGUCUGGAUACCAACCUAGUCAAGGCAGGUUUGUUGCUAGCUGGGAGCCCAGCUCUUCAAGGAUGCUCAGUUUGAGUUUAACAGAUGGAUUUCAAGAGAUCCAGGCAGUAGAACAUGAGAGAGUAGGUGUCCUUCCUAACAUGAUACCACCCGGACUGAAGAUAGAACUGAUAGGUCCCAUCCUGUGCCGGAGAGGGAAACUUCUCCUAACCCAGAACUCAGUUCGGAUCCUGGGAGGAGAAGUUGAAGAGCUCCAAGAUAGGUUCUCAACAGAGAAUGUUCUCACACAGAAGAUUGGAACCAAGAUUGAUAAGAAGAGGAUUGAGUUUCCUAAACCUGGUGUUGUGAGACCUGCUCUAACAGAACGGAGACCAGCAAAUAUAAAUCCUUCUCAAACCAACCUUCCGUCACAGAAUAUCCAAGUAAAUCAUCGACCUAGACCCACCAAUAAUCAGACAAAAUCAAAACCAAAUAACCGUCCAAUAAAUCCGCCACGAGCACAGGAAAAUAGAUCGUUUCCUCAGAACACGGAAACACUGGACGAUGUAAAUUGGGACGAUGAUGAUUUUCCUGCUAUGGACGACGACGAUUUCCCUAUGAUAGACGACGAUGACGAUUUAUUACUCUCAUUGUCAGAUAAUACAUUUCAACCUGUUCCUACCUCAGUUAACAUCUCAAAUACUAGUCAAGUAUCCUCUAUGAUGUCCUCCAGACCUCAACAACCAUCCUCCAUACGACCUCAAGUUCUUGGAACCCAAAAUAAUCCUCCGUUUCGAUCUCCGUUUGUAUCCUCGAGUGUUCAGUCUCGUCCUAGUAUUCCGCACCAACCUCCUUCUCAAAAAUGUCAGCCUGUAGCUCGGAUAUCUCCUCUAACUAUAGAACCCUGCACUGUUACUCCUAAGCAAACCAUUCAGACCUCAAUACACUCCUUCCUAAAGCCUAAAAGGCCGAGAAUGGAUAUUCCUGAUUUUGAUCUCGAGGACGACCUUGAAAUAUUUGACCAGGUUGAACUCCCAACAGAGGUUGAAGCCAAGUUGAUACCAUCUGAACCGUUUCUCUAUCUCUCCGAGUUAAAGAAGGAAAUGAAGAUGAACCCGGACCGAAGAUAUGUUGUAACUAUCAGGGCCGUGAGUUCAACUUUGGCUGGUACUAUGAAAAUCAAGAAAACUUCUGAGGGUCCACAGUGGUCGCAUAUGUAUGUGUUUAUGGUCGGACAAUACUCGGACACUGAUAACUCAUGGAAGAACGCGUUUGAACAAAACACUAUUUCUCCGUACAUUUCACGACCAAUAUAGGAGACGUGAAGUUGUCGAC